GUAUAAAAUCUGCCAGCGUUGCAUCACACUCAGUAACAGAGACACGACGAACGACAUCAACAUGAGAUAGUCAAGGCGUGUUAUCAUUUUCAGGAAAAAUGACUGCUCGUCAAGUAAACGGGAGAAGAACACGACGGUCUAGGUGCGGAAAUCACAUCGGGAAGCCUCCCACCCAGCCACCGCCGGGUCCAGAGCGGGAUGACGGUCGCUAGCACCGCGUCCCAGACCCGGAAGUUGGGGUCUCCUCAGCGGCCCUCAAAGUCUAACCGUAAGCGUUCUAACAGAUCAAGACUCUACAACAACAAGAGAACAAGGUGGAUAAAACAACGGGACGACUCUCCGCCGUACGGAGUCGGCCUGUGUACACAAAACUUCAGCGUCAGGCUCAAGCACUAUACAACCUUCCACUUUGAACGCCAGGUUAAGGAGAGACAGAGUGCAGGGCUGACCUAUGUGGAGCUGGCGGCCCACAGGAGAGUGGAGGACAUGCACCUGUCUGCAGCGGCCGCUAGGAUUAACGCCUGCCCGAACGCGGGAGGAAACUCCGUCUACUCAGAGGUGUUGUCCUGUGAGCUGCUGUACCGCCUGUUUGGAGCCCAGCUGUUGAAGACAGAAAUGGAAGUCACAUACUUCCCGCAGGGCGGGGCACUCACAGACUACACCUGCCAGCUGUUUGGAGUACAGGUAGGUGUGUCAGUUACAAGGGCAAUGAAGUUCAGAGGCGAGUUUGAUCGCGAGGAUGCAGAGAAACUACUGAUGAAGAAACUGACAGGGGUCAUCAAUGCAACACAGAACACCAUGGAAUCAUGGGACAAGCAGAUCCUACACGUGUGGACGCCCAGCAAACACGUGGCGCAAGUCGUCAUGGCAACAUACCACACCCUACCCACACACAUCAAGGCUAACACCGUCGUGUUGCUUACUGUUGUGCAGGGCAACAUAUCACGUGAAGUUUUCCAGAAUAGAUGACGAUACCAGUUAUACCCAUGGAAGGGAUUCAAUUAUAUCUAGUCAAGAACACAGUUUCAAAAACAUGAUCUCCUAGCUUACCAAUACUGGCGCACUGUAACCAUUCUGACCAGAUCAAAGUGAAAGACUAUUGUAGGAUAGAAACAUGUCAUUUUGUCUUAAUAAUGUGUGGCUGUUCUAUGUGUUACUGUAUGUAUUCUAUAUAAACUGUAAAUAUUGUUAUUGCCCAUAUCCCAGCAAAUCUUCACCCAGCAGAUCAUGUUGUAAUAUUUAUAUCAAGUUU